AUGUCGGUCCUUCCUGCCGAUGUCACGGCCGAGCUGAGCCAGCUGCUCCAGGCUCUUCAGUCGGCCGACAACAACAUUCGCUCUCAGGCUGAGGAGCACUUGCAAAACAACUGGACCAGCUCCCGGCCCGGCCUCCUCUUGAUGGGCUUGGCUGAGCAGAUUGCUGGAUCAAGCGACGCUUCGGUCCGUUCUUUCGCCGCCGUCAUUUUCCGCCGGAUAACACUCAAGACUCGCAAAGCCACGCCGACCUCCGAGGCUGCUACCGAUAUGUUCCUUUCCCUUGACAACUCCGAGGCCGUCGCUGUCCGCAACAAGAUUCUCGAGGCCAUCCUUGCCGAGACAGACAGAAACGUUCGCAACAAGAUUGGUGAUGCGGUUGCCGAGGUUGCUAGGCAAUAUUAUGACAAUGACCAAAAUUGGCCAGAACUACUUCAGACUCUCUUCAACCUCAGCCAAGCACCCGAUGCUGGCAAGCGCGAGACGGCCUUCCGUAUUUUCCACGCUACCCCUAGCAUCAUUGAGAAACAACAUCAGGAUGCCGUAGCCAUGGCAUUUGCCAAAGCCUUCACGGACGAGUCAGUUGCUGUCAGGCUUGCUGCUAUGGAGGCUUUUGCGGCCUUUUUCCGCAGCCUAGGAAAGAAGAAUCAGGCCAAGUACUUCGAGCUCCUUCCUCAGCUCCUCAACAUUCUUCCUCCUAUCAAGGACUCGCAAGAUUCGGAUGACCUUAGCCAGGCCCUCAUCGCUCUCAUCGACUUGGCCGAAAGUUCCCCCAAGAUGUUCAAGACCGUCUUCUCGACUCUUGUUGGAUUCAGCAUUUCAGUCAUUCAAGACAAGGAGCUCACAGACCUCUGCCGACAAAAUGCGCUGGAACUUAUGGCCACCUUUGCCGAUUACGCUCCGUCCAUGUGCAAGAAGGAUGCUUCUUAUACCAAGGAUAUGAUCACACAGUGCCUUAGCUUGAUGACGGAUCUUGGUGAGGAUGACGAUGAUGCGGCCGAAUGGCUUAGCUGCGACGAUCUCGACACCGACGAGAGUGACUCCAACCAUGUCGCAGGUGAGCAGUGUCUCGAUCGUCUGGCUAAUAAGCUCGGAGGUGCCGCUAUUCUCAGCCCCAUCUUCGGCUGGUUGCCUAGCAUGAUGAACUCCCCGGCUUGGAGAGACCGUCACGCUGCUUUGAUGGCUCUGUCCGCCAUUUCAGAAGGCUGCCGCGAGGAGAUGAUUGGUGAACUGAAGCAGGUCCUUGACUUGGUUGUCCCGGCUCUGAAGGACCCCCAUCCUCGUGUCCGUUGGGCUGGCUGCAACGCCCUCGGCCAGAUGAGCACCGACUUUGCUCCUACUAUGCAGAAGCAGUACUACGAUAUCGUGCUGUCGGCCAUUGUGCCCGUCCUUAACGCACCUGAGGCACGGGUCAAGUCACAUGCUGCUGCGGCGCUUGUUAACUUUUGUGAGGAGGCCGACAAGAGCGUCCUUGAGCCUUAUCUUGACAACCUUUUGUCGCACUUGUUCCAGCUUCUUCAAAAUGAAAAGCGUUACGUCCAAGAGCAGGCUUUGUCCACCAUCGCCACCAUUGCUGACGCCGCAGAGCAGGCAUUUGCCAAGUACUAUGAUAGUCUCAUGCCCCUGUUGAUGGGAGUGUUGCAGCGCGAGAAUGAGAAGGAGGUCCGCCUCCUCCGUGCAAAGGCGAUGGAGUGCGCCACCCUGAUCGCCCUUGCGGUUGGAAAGGAGCGUCUCGGUGCGGAUGCCAUGGCGCUAGUGCAACUUUUGGCCAGCAUCCAGCAAAACAUCACUGAUCCCGACGAUCCUCAGGCCCAGUACCUCAUGCACUGCUGGGGAAGAAUGUGCCGUGUGCUGGGUAGGGAUUUCCUUCCCUACUUGCCCGAGGUUAUGCCGCCACUCCUCGAGCUUGCUAGCGCCAAGGCCGAUAUCCAGCUUCUGGAAGACGACGAGCAGAUUGAGCAGCUACAGACCGAGGAAGGGUGGGAGCUUGUCCCGCUCCGUGGUAAGACUAUUGGUAUCCGUACCAGCACCAUGGACGAUAAGAACAUGGCCAUCGAGCUGCUCGUGGUGUACGCUCAGGUUCUUGAGGGUGACUUUGCGCCUUAUGUCGCAGACAUCAUGGAGAAGAUUGCUCUUCCUGGUCUGGCCUUCUUCUUCCACGAUCCUGUCAGGUACAUGUCUGCGAAGCUGGUUCCGCAAUUGCUCAUUUCGUACAAGAAGCAGUACGGUCCCGGCUCCAACGAGCUCAAGGGCUUGUGGACCAGCACCGUCGUUCAGCUCCUCGACGUUCUUAGCGCCGAGCCUGCCAUUGAUACGCUCGCGGAGAUGUAUCAAUGCUUCUAUGAGUCCAUCGAGGUUAUCGGCACUGCCUGCCUUGAUGAGACGCACAUGGGCCGCUUCAUCGACGGUGUCCACUCCACUCUUGAGGAUUACAAGGAUCGGGCAGCCGCUCGUGAGGAGGAGCAAGGAGGUGAAGAUGGCGAGGACGAGUCGGAAGAGAUGCAGAUGGCCAUUGAGGACGAUCAGACUCUCCUUUCGGACAUGAACAAGGCGUUCCAUGCUGUUUUCAAGUAUCACGGCGCAAGCUUCUUGAGCGCAUGGAGCCGCCUGCUUCCCACCUACAGCAGCUUCCUGAGCUCGAAUGAUACCACGCAGCGACAGUGGGGAUUGUGCAUUAUGGAUGAUGUCCUAGAAUACUGUGGUGCUGAGAGCAUUCACUACGCCCAGUAUAUCUCGGAGCCUCUGCUCCUCGGCUGCCAGGAUGCCUCUCCCGCUAUUCGUCAAGCGGCUGCGUAUGGCAUUGGUGUGGCUGCCCACCAUGGCGGCCAGGCUUGGGCGCCGUUGGUGGGUCAAGCCGUCGAAGUUCUCUUCAAGGCUACGCAGAUCCCAGAUGCGCGCAACGAGGACAAUGUGUAUGCUACGGAGAAUGCCUGCGCUGCCAUCGCCAAGAUCCUGCAUUUCAACUCUUCUCAAGUCGCCAACCCCGACCAGGUUGCGACACAGUGGUUUGAGACUCUGCCGGUCUUGAACGACGAGGAGGCGGCGCCCUAUGCCUAUGCUUUCAUGACCCAGCUAAUUGAAAAGCAACAUCCUGUCGUUAUUUCGCAACCCGCUAAAGCUUUCUACUACGUCGCACAGGCGCUUGAGGUGGACGUUUUGAGCGGACAGACUCUUGCGCGCGUGAUUGCCGCUGUCAAGAACCUGUUGCAAGCAACCGGUACUUCGCCCGACCCCGUACUGCAGCAAUUUGGCCCCGAAUCUCAGCAGUUGAUUCGGGAGCGGUUUAGCAGUUAAGAAGUGUGGGAGGUAGUGGCUGUGGAAGAGAGAUGACAUCGCUGAUGGACGUAGGAGAAGGAAAAGCAAAACGUCGACUUAAGAAGAUGGUGAUCUACUUGCAAAUCAGGAUAUAGAUGGCAUGGAACCAGAAGGAAUUGACAGGAACUGGUAGGGAAAUCAUGGUAAGAGCGUGGAGAAAUACUUGCGCACGCAAUCAGGCCAUUGAUGGCCUUGGUCAUGUAGGGGAGAAGGCGAGAGGAGUCGAAGCGGAAAUCUGAAUUUGAUGGAGAUACCAUGCACACCAUAACGUUCCUCCAGCGCACGUAACCAUUUAUCUUACACGUAUAAAAACACAUAAACACUUGUAA